AUGGUUGUACACAUGGUCAAAGAAUCUGAAGGCAUUGAACCCAAUCCAGGGCCAGAUGCCUCACGCCAGCUCUCCUUGCUCACCUUGAAUGUGGCGGAUAGCGCGAAUGCUUUCGAAGCUGCCAAAGUUUAUAUGCUCGCUAAAGUCCAUGUCAUUGCCCUUCAAGAGGUGUGCUUCUCCAAUCAGCAAGCCCAGGCCUUUGUGUCUCAAGCCAGCCGCUUAGGAUAUCAUGCUUUCCACGUGCCGGGCGCCACCACAAGGUCUCGCCGUGGUUAUGAUGUUCAUUCGGGCGGCGUCGCUGUCCUUGUGCGACACAGCAUAAAGAUCCAGCCGGUGCGCUCUUGGCAAGGGGUGGCCGGGCAGUUUGUUGCUUUAGACUUUGGCUCCUUCUUCAUGGCAGCCGUCUACCGCAGACCGGAUGAUGACAGUGUCAGUGACAUGACCCAAGCUUUGUGCGAAACGCUCUGGGCGCGUCGGGCCCGCCAACCUUGGAUUCUUCUCGGUGACUUCAACUGGACACCGGAAGAGAAUGAGUGGCUUGAGCCGCUUGAAGAUGAGUCCGCCGCCGUUGCUGGUCCCUGGGACCAUAGCUGCGCGCGAUGGUUUGCCACCAGAUGGGCGGGCCACCGCUGUAUCGACUAUGGUAUCACCAACUUGACCCACCGAUGCAAUGUUGUGCGUGAGCUCACUAGUUGGGGUGAUCACAUUCCCAUCCGCAUUGCUCUUGAUCUUGCCAGCGAUGCUGCAAACACUAACCAUCUGCAGCCCACUGCCUGCUACACCUGCCCACAGGGCGUGACUGUCAGUGCUUGGCGGCUCGCUUUAGGCACUGCGUGGGAGGAGGUGUGGCGUUCUCAUCCUGAUGCAGUGCGCCUCCGCGAGGCUUUCCCUCUGCAGCCUAACCCUGACGAGGAAAGCCGCAUCUUUCACGCCCUUGUGGAAGCUGCUUCUCGGCAAGCGCGUGCAGCAUUAGAACUUGACAAUGCGUGGCGUCACACUAGACUUAAGGGUUCCCCGCCUUGUGUUGUCCCUAAUGACACCCUUAGCAAGCGUAGGCCCUGUGACUUCCAGUCAUUCGCGAUGCGCAAACUUCGGCGUCGCUUAGGUCAACUACUUGAAGCACGACGGUGUGUUGCAAGGCACAAUGAUGCCGAGGCCCUGCUCCUACGCAGACGUGCCGCUCGGCAUGAGGGCCCACUCACUCCCUUGCACACGGCCAUUGUCGAGUUGGAAACGCAGAUUCAGCAAGUGCAGCACGCUGAGGCUUUGCAGCGCCUAAACCAGUGGAAAGAGAGCCUUCGUGCUUCCGACAGCUCGGUGCGGAAGUGGGUGCGGCGCAGCAACAAGCCGGCGCCUGCCUUCGUUUCGCUUGACGGUACUCCCAGCGCCGGAGUUGCUUGCAGUCUGACCUUUCUCCGCACGUUCUGGCGGCGCAUUUGGCGACGAGAAGUCCGACCUGAUGACGCUAACCGCGCUUGGAGUGCCGAGCAUGCCCGGCAUCGUGCUCAUGCGCCUCAACUCGGCUGGCAGCCGAUCACUGCUAGUGAGCUUCAACAGCAAGCUUGUGCUUCAGGUGGCAAAGCUGCCGGCCCUGAUGGUUGGAGCGGUGAUGAGAUCCAGCACUGGACGCUCCCCAUGUGGCGGACUUACGCUGACCUUUGGAACAGAUGGAUUCACCACCGCAGCUAUCCGUCAGAGUGGCAAUACUAUCUGCAGGCGUGGGCCCCGCUCGGUGCGCAUGGCGGCUUCCAACAGCGAGGCGUGCACACCGCUGUACAUGCUUUGCAGAAUGCGCACGUGCACUGUUAUGGCAUUCUUUCUUUAGAUUAUGCCAAGUGUUUUGACCGCGCCCACCCCAGCACAGCCACACAUGCCCUCGGCCGGCUGGGUAUGCCUGCGGAAAUGGUCGACUUGUGCAGGUUUCAGUGGAGCCAACAGCACAGAUGGCUCGGUUCGCAAGGUUGCUUCAGUGCGGAGGCCGAAGUUGUUACUUCUAGCCUGCCUCAGGGAGAUGCCAUCUGCCCUAUGGCGCUUAACGCCAUCUUAUGGGCCCCCAUCCAAGCCUAUUGCCGCGAGGAACCCACGGCGACUGCGGUUACCUACUUGGACGAUUGCAACGUGGUGGUCCAUGACCACGCUCAGCUCGUUCGCACCCUCCUGUUCUGGGAGCGCUGGGCUGACAGGCCCACCUACCAAGAUCGCCUGAACGAAGCCCGCCAGCGCCUUGGCCGCAUCGGCUGCCUGCCUCUACGACAGCUUGUCCUUCCUGUGGCAGUUUGGGGCACGUGGUUUGUUCAUGGCGCAGCGGGCACUUGGAAACAGCUCCAGCAGCGCCUCCUGGGCGUCUUGUAUGGAGGCAGGUCCCCUGCUUCGCCCGACCUGCGUGCCUUGAUGCAAGGUCAUAGCUUGGAUUUUCAAUUCAUGGCCGAUUACCAGCAUCUCCAUGUGGGCCAAGCUCGUUCAGCUCGGCCGCGCUCGCUGGAAGCCCGGCCAUUCCCAGACGAUGCAUCGGCUAGGAACCUGCAGACCGAGCGCAUCAAGCACCUACUCCGGGAAGCAUGGCGGUUUGAACGCUUUGAAGUGUGGAAAGCCUCGAGCAGACUGGAUGCUGUGGCUGCGGCUAACCCGACGUUCCAAGCAGCUCGAGUCAAGCAGGCUUGGCAGCUGUGGAAUGCCACCUGUGCUCAUGGCCGUGCAGUACUCACUGCUGCAGUGGUCAGCCCAGCACGGCUUCAGGCCAAUAAAAGCGGUGCUGCUGUGCAAUGGUGCCCUUUCUGCAAAGAGGGCUAUGCUCCUACGUGGGAUCACUGUGCUUGGAGUUGCGCGCACUUUGGUGCUUCUCGCCCCGCCCUACCUGGCGACAGCAUGCAGCGUAGGACGGGUUGGCCUGUGUCGACGCGUACCAAAGCCCAGAAUCAGCGAGUGCUUGACCAUCUUGCUACUGUCCGCAAGAGCCUUGUUGCAUACCGAUGCCUGUAA